UAUUUUAGAAAAAGAUAAACCGAGUUUUCUUAGCAAAGUUGUACGAAAUUUCUCCUGACUUGCUAAUUUCCCAUUUUCUUUAUACAUCAUAAAAAAUGCUUCACAUAUUGAAUCUUGUGCUCUGAAUCACUUUCCUCUUUCUACAGAGGGAGAUUUAUGAUGCUCGUUGUUACCUUCUUGGCGUAACUUUAAUGCUUAUUUUUCCACUGUAAUCAAUAUCUUGAAGAAAUAUCGCCAUUUCAAUCUAGAUGAGGUAGAACUGAAAAGGUUAAUUGAAGAGAAUUCUGAUAUAGAACCUUGUGCAGAGACUUACGAAUGGAGAAGUUAACCCAAUUUCUUGAACCAGAAAAACUAAACCAAGUUCUUGAACUUGGAAAAAAGAUUUGGGAUGAAAGUGGCAAAUUAUACAAUUAUCAUAGCAGCGCUGGUGAGCAUGUAAAUAAGCUCAAGAGAAAAUGGGAAGAACUAGAAUGUCAGAAGACAGACGUAGAAGAAAAAAUGAAGUCUGAACUUUUUCCAGGAAAGAGACCAAAGAGAGAAGUUCAACUUUGGCUCCAAGAGGUAGAAACAAUUAACGGGGAGAUACAAACUAUUGAAGAAGAAGGUGGCAGAGGGAUCUGGAAGUAUUUCCCACGUAUGCAUAUGGGAAAACUUGCAUGCCAGAAGAUACAAGAUGUGGAAGAACUUUAUCAAAGAGGUGGUUUCAGAGAUAGUUUGGUAGUUGAUCCACCUAUAAGCCAUGGAGAAGAAUUGCCGACUACAACAUUAGUAGGAGAAAGUACAACCAAAAGAACAAUUGAAAGGGUUCGGGAACACUUAUUGUAUGAAAAUUUUAGGAGGAUUGCUGUUUAUGGCAUGGGAGGCAGUGGUAAAACGACAGUCAUGAAACAAAUCAAUAAUGAUCUAUUAAAAGAGAGAGACAAGUUUGAUAAUGUAAUUUGGGUUACUGUAUCAAAGCCAUCAAGUGUUUUCAAACUACAACAUGACAUUGCAUGCAAGUUGAAACUAGAUCUCACAAACUUUGGGGAUGAAACUACAAGGGCAGGCAAGCUAAACAAUGAAUUGAAAAAUUGGAAGAGGUAUGUGUUAAUCCUAGAUGAUGUGUGGGAAGAAUUUCAUCUUGAGGAUGUAGGGAUCCCAGAGCCCACUCCAACAAAUGGAUGCAGAUUACUAUUGACAACUCGAAGUUUGGAAGUUUGUAAUCGUAUGGAUUGUGUGAAUAUUAAAAUGGAGCUUCUUUCAGAAGAAGAUUCGUGGGAUUUGUUUUUAGAUAAAGUGGGUUGUGAUGUUUUGAAUACUCGAGAUGUAGAACCAAUUGUGAAGGAGGUUGUCAAAGAAUGUGCUCGUUUACCUCUUGCAAUCGUCACAAUAGCAGGAAGCUUAAAAAAUGUAAUUGAUGUUUCAGAAUGGAGGAAUGCAUUGAAUGAGUUGAGGACACCAAAAAAGGGGUCCAAAAAUGUAGAUGCUGCUGCAAUAUUUGAGAGGCUUCGAUUUAGUUACGAACGCUUAAAAGAUGAGGACCUUCAACAUUGUCUAUUGUAUUGUGCACUAUUUUGUGAAGACCAUGAGUUUGAAAGAGAUCGAUUGAUUGAGGAUUUAAUUGAUGAGGGAAUAAUAGAGCGGAUGGAGAGCAGGCAAGCAGAGUUUGAUAGGGGCCAUACUAUGUUGAAUAAACUUGAAAGGGCUUGCUUAUUAGAAACUGGGAUUAACCGUAAUGUGAAACUGCAUGAUCUAAUAAGAGACAUGGCCCUCGAGAUUGCGGGUCCUAAGUUCAUGGGAGCAGCUGGCGAUAGAGUGAUGGAUUUUAUGCGGCAUGAAGAAAGAUGGGGAAAGGAUCUUGAAAAGGUUUGUUUGAUGGACAUGAGGGAUAGGCUAAACUUUCCUAAUAUAUCACCAAGAUGUCCUAAACUUUCAACCUUGCUUCUAGACAAUAAUUAUUUUUGUGGAAUCAUUGCAAAUUCUUUUUUUGUGCAUCUGCGUGGACUCAAAGUUCUUCGUAUAUGUAACAGUAGUAUUACAUCUUUGCCGAAUUCAAUCUCUGAUCUGGAGAAUCUUGCUACAUUAAUGCUUAUUUCUUGUUACUGUUUAUAUCAUGUUCCUUCAUUAGUAAAGCUUACGGCAUUAAGGAAGUUGGAUCUUGGAUGGUCACGUAGAAUAAAAGAAAUACCUCAUGGUUUGGAAAUGUUGGUCAAUUUGAGAUAUCUCAAUCUUGAAGGAACCAGAAUACCGGAGAUUCCAUCGGGGAUUUUAUCCAAACUUACUCAACUCCAAUUUCUCAAAUUAAAUUGUGGAAAAUUGAAUGUGGAAGAGAUAGUAAGCUUGAAAUUAGAGUGUUUUAAAGGAGCAUUUUAUGGUGUUGAUGACUUCAAUAAAUACGUGGGAUCCUUGAGGGAGGGACAACUUAGCCAUUACAAAUUUAUAGUGAGAGAAAUGACGGCCAAAAUAGACGAUGAUGUAUUUUGGGAAAGUGAGGGCAAAUGUGUAAUGUUAUACAAUUGCGAUGUAAGUUUGCUCCCAAAAGACGCUCAAACCCUAACUAUUUUCGAAUGUAACAAUUUAAGAAGUUCAUCUGAUGCUCCAUAUAUGGAAUGCGCAAGAGAACUGAAGUCUAUUUUUAUUGUGUGGUGUGAAGAAAUAGAAGACGUUCUUUCUUAUUCUUACACCUUCCCUCUUCAAAGGCUUGAUCUUGAAUAUUUGGGUAAGUUACAAGUACUGUUUAGGGAAGAGAAAGUUGCAUCACCACUAGACAUCCCACCUGGCACCCUUUCCUGUCUCAAACAAUUUUUAAUUAUCGGGUGUCCGAUUAUAAAGAAGCUCUUCACGCCUGGCUUGUUGCAAAACCUGGCCAACCUGGAAGAGAUUGAAGUCCAACUCUGUGAGAGAUUAGAGGAAAUAAUAGGUGCAGCAUCGGAUGAAGUUGAAGAAGAAAUAGAUGAGGAAGGAAAGGACACCACCAUAUUCCCCCGAUUGAGGAAGUUGGAAUUAUAUGACAUGCCGAGACUGGAGACCAUCUGCAGUAGCAGUAAUGCAAUAGUUUGUGAUUCUCUCCAAAAUAUUAAGAUAGUAAAGUGUCCAAAGCUUAAGAGAUUACCUCUUUCUCUGCGGGAUGAACAACUAUCAUCUCCACCUUCUUCAUUACGGAUUAUAACACAGAAAGAAUGGUGGGGGUUGCUGGAAUGGGACAAUCAUGCUACUAAGAAUGCCCUUGAACCCCUCUGUCAGUUCGUUGUAAGUGGAUCCUGAUGACGAUGAGAUCUCAAUGGACGGAGCAGAUUCACACGAAGAGCCACCUAGCAAUCAGCAAUGAAAUCUCGUACUCAAUGUACGGGGCAGAUUUACAUGACUUUUCCUUUGUAAGUCAGACCCCAGACAUAUAUGCUUAUCCUUUUUAAUUAUUUUUUCUAUAAAAAUUGUUUUCACAAGUGGUUUAUUUUCCUGUUUGGUUUGAUAUAUAUCGU